UCGGCACGACGACCAGCCCGAGCCCCUUUUUCUCUUCUCCCCCCUCCCCCCUAUCUGGUACCGUCACAACCACAAGGAACUCGCUGUUACGGUACACCCCGGAAAACAAAAAGAAAAAAGAAAGGUCUUCUCGAUUGUCGUGCUGCCUCGCCAGGGGUGCGGUGUUUACGGCGUGCACCAAUCGUACAAAUAUCAUCAAGCGCACAGGGCUCCGCGAGUGUGAUGUAGGGUAGCACCGCUGUACUCACGGGGGUAAGGCGACGAGUAAACGAAAGAGAUGUACAUCCAGCGUCAGCUGCAACGUUGAAUCCCCAGGGGAACCUUUUUGUACAAGUGUGUAUCGUGGGGUUUAACACACAAGCGCGACGUUAACGGAACACGACAACGAGCUUGGAGGGUGAGACCGAGAACUCAUUGCGAUGGACAACAACGGCGGGCCAAUCACGCGAUGAGCGAUAAAAUGUAUACUGAUCGUCGUACAGUUGUGCGCGUGUCGUGAUUAUUGUUGCAACGUGAUGGUGGUGCAACGGUGAAGCAAAGCAAAAAAGGAUCCAUCUGACACUUGAGUACACGCAAUUCAUGUGUACACAUCGGUACUCAUACCCAUAAAACACCCCCUCGUUUUCUUGACUCUCGUUUCCCAUAAAAGCGCGCGCCUCCGUGUAUUUUUGUUUAUCCACGUACCAACGACGGAGGAGUAGAUAAGGAAGAGGACGUACAUAUAAAGAAAAACAAAGAAGAUGGAGCGACGCGGAGGAGCGGUGAUGUAAAAUCAAGAGCCCACGUGGACAGGGCGCUCGACUCGUCACAAGUGGAACAGGUAAACGUUUGGCGCGACGUCGGGACCAGUGAAGCUCGCUCUUGUCCAUACGGUCCAACUGUACAUUAACAAUGCACCUACGACCCGUGCAAUUAUUCACUGUUGGAAGAUCGGCCCGUGCUGUUGUCAACGAAGGAGAGCAACAAUAACGAUAAGAGUACAAAAAUACAACAACGAUACAAGUGCUCUCUUUUUCUUUUUUUUUUCUUCUUCACGGGGCAAAGGGCAACUUGCGUCUCGGGUGGGCGAAGAGGGUUUGGACCAGUGGAGCAUAUCCCCGGGAGUCGUUUGUGACGGCAUAGUAGUAUUUGAAGAGAAAAAAAAAAAGAGAAAAAAUUGAAUAAGAAAACAGGUGUGGGGAAUCGUCGGCGCUUCGGCCGACAAACAAGGCCGGCGCGACGGCAGAUGUUAGGAUGCCGGAACAGAGCAAUGACUACCGGGUCGUGGUGUUUGGCGCCGGGGGCGUCGGUAAGAGCUCGCUCGUGCUGCGCUUCGUCAAGGGCACCUUUCGCGAGUCUUACGUACCGACCAUCGAAGACACCUACAGACAGGUGAUAAGUUGCAACAAAAACAUAUGCACGCUUCAAAUAACGGACACAACGGGGUCCCAUCAGUUUCCCGCGAUGCAGCGGCUCUCGAUAAGUAAGGGCCACGCCUUCAUCCUCGUCUACUCGGUGUCGUCGCGCCAGAGCUUCGAGGAGCUCCGGCCCAUCUGGGAGGUCAUACGCGAGCUCAAGGGACAAGACAUCACGCAGAUACCCGUCAUGCUGGUGGGUAACAAGUGCGACGAGAGCCAGUCGAGGCGGGAGGUGGCGAUGAGCGAGGGCCAAGCGGAGGCGGACAGGUGGGGCUGCGGCUUCCUCGAGACCUCGGCCAAGACGAACCACAACGUGAACACGUUGUUCCGUGACCUGCUCACCCUGGAGAAGAACCGGUCGGUCUCGCUACAGCCGGUCCAGAGCAACAACUCCAUCAGCUUCAAGGAAAAGUGCUCCGUCAUGUGAACGGCCACUCAGCCAUUGGCCCCGUGUACACGCGAUGCUGGAAAAUGUACGCCACGGCCGGAGACAACACGGCUCGUCGAGAACUCCUCCUUACCUUGGUUCAUCCCGUUUGCCGGAUGACGGAUCGACCGAUCGUGAUGAUGGACAUUCACCUCCACGGAGCCGAUUUUUCAUUUCGUCUUUGAAAACAUUUCGAAGGUUGGCGGUUACGCGAUGAGCGAGUGGAUUGUAUCGAUUGUUUUAUAAGUACGCAAUGAAAAUACACAUAAUAAAUGCCACAAGUAGCGAUCGAGGUCACGAAACAAAAAAAAAAAAAAAAACACCAAACAACUCGAUCGAAUAUUAUUUCGUUGUCGCCGCAUCAUUCAUUCGUUAUUUAAAACAUACGUAUAAUACACAUGUGAUAAAGAGAAAUAUGGGCAGUGGGAGAAACGAAACGAGCACACACUUGUGCACAUGGAGUUGUUGUUAUUAAAAUUGAUUUUUGUUGAAUAGUUGUAAGGUUUUUGUAAUAUUCCUAUACCUAGAAGAGUUUAUUAUUACUAUCAUUGGGGUGCGAACGCAAAGUAUUGACGAGUUAAAAAAUUCACGCGUUGGAGAUGUUUGUUAUAGCAACGGAUAAAACACAUAUAUAUGGUCGAUCGAAGCGUGCGGGGACGAGUGCUGAAAUAUAAAUGCUUUCCAAGAUUCUUCGGUUCUUAUGAAUAAGUAUUCAUUUAAAAUUGAAUGUGUAUCGAUGUUAUGGCGAUGAAUUAGUUAUGAGCCUGACUGAAAAUAAGCUGUUACCGAUAAAACUUUUUUUCCCAAAUUAAUUGGCAUGACCGUCAAAAAAGUUUUUACCACGAAAAUUUUAUAGUUGUUUGUGAGUGUCGUGAAUCGAUUAUUUAUCAUUACUCAUUCACAUUUUAUUUUCAUUAUUAUUAUUAUUAUUAUUUUUUUUUUUAAAUUUACUUACCAUGUUUAUGCGAGUUAACUCUCGUUUACAAUGAUAAAUACAAGACGAUAAUUACAAAGUAAUAAUCAAUUUAUUUAUACGAGCAUAAAAUCUCACACUUAUAUUUCAGCUCUCGUCCGCACUAAAGAAAAAAAAGUACACAAUAUAGCAUAGAGUACUUAGCAUGAAAAAAUAAGUAGCGGCUUAUAAUUAGACAAAGUAAGAAAUUUUUAAUCGCAUGCGUAAUAGCAACUAUGUAUAGGGAUAAUGUGCUCGUAACAAUGAGUGUUGCACGGUCAGAUCUACGUAGCUACGUGGCCGUAAUUUUGUAAUAGCAAAAAGUAUAGUAUUCCAAAAUAUAAGCUGCAAAAACAAACCAUUUAUAGGGAAAAGUAUUGUAGCAAAUGGUAAUUAAUAAUUGACAUUAGACUUGGAUAAAUAUAUAUACAUGUAUCAAAACUAAGGAUACAUAGUUACAAUCUGUCAAAUCGUAUGAUAGUUAAUUAUCUUCGCUUGCAAUUUUCGUAAAGUAGAUUUUUUUAUCGAUUAAAAGUAAUGACUAAUUAAAAAAGCAAAUAUUAGAAUUUUAAUAACGCACGUAUACGCAGCAAUUGCAUCAUUGAAAUAUAAUUACUAUUCAAAGAUAAAAAUAAAAUAAAAACCAUCCACAAUUUUGUUUCAUUUAAAAAAAAAAAAAAAAAGAAAAAAAAAAGGAAACUUGAGUAAAUGACGUAAUAGAGGAAGCCAAAAAAAGGUUCGUCCAGCAAUCGUUAUUUGUACAACAAUAAAAGACGAAAGGUGAAAAAUAAUGUACGUUACCAGUCGUUACCAAGCAUAUACAAUAAUUUUUCACAUACGUGUACGCAUACAAAGUAGUUAUAUUAUUAUAUCACACCGUGACACCAAGUAAUAAAAAGCAAAGUGUACGCGCAAAGCAUUAUAACGCAAAUAAAAAUAACUGAGCGAUUGUUGCUAUCGUACAUGGUAAUAUGAAAUCUUGUUUACGAGGAAGAGUCGAUAAAUAUAUGUACAACGUUAGUAUAUAAAAAUGCAAUGACUGUGCGGUGUAAGGGGAGGGGAUCAAGGGUAAAGCGAUGGUUACAAUUAUAAUGAGCAUGCGAACGCAAAUUAUAAGCUAAAGUUGAUUUUUACUCCGGUAACGCGAAUUUUUAGAAAAAAUAACUUACACAUAUCUUGCAUGGAUUUAAUUGAUCGUAAAAGAAAAAAAAAAUAGAUACGCAUAUUCAUAAAGUAAUA